AUGCUUGUUGAUACUGGAGCUACAUCUCAUAUUGUUACAAAAGAUGUAUUGAAACGUGUUGAUGGUAACUUUAACCCAGCAAAGCAUUACAUGGAACUUGCUGAUGGGACACGUAGAAAUAAUGUGGCUCUGAAACGUGGAGAUGCUGAAGGAUCAAUAGCUGAUGAAAAUGGAAAAUAUGUGAAAGCUGUUCUGAAAGACGUACUGUUCAUACCAACGUAUCCACAGAAUAUAUUUUCUGUUAGAGCAGCUACUUCAAAUGGAGCCAAAGUAAAGUUCUCACAAGAUAAAAAUGAACUUGUCUACAAAGAUGGUACAACUUUCAUUAUUGAGGAACAUGAACGCUUGUAUUGUUUGAACACUGUUAAUCAACUAAAUGAUGAUAGCAAUAUAAGUAGUUCAUAUGAUAAGGUCAGUCUUGCAUGCAAUAUUUACAAGUGGCAUGAAAUAUUAGGGCAUUGCAAUUUCGAUGAUAUAAUGAAACUAGAAAAUGUAGUCCCUGGAAUGAAAGUUGUAGGGAAGGUAGAUAGGUCCAAGUUAGAAUGUGGUACAUGUACAGAAGGGAAGUUUGCAAAUUGUAGAAAUAGAGCACCAGAUAGUCGAGCUACAAAACCCCUAGAAAAGGUACAUACAGACUUAGCAGGUCCCAUUAGCCCAGUGUCCAAAAAUGGUUUUAAAUAUUGCAUUGCAUUCACUGAUGAUUUUUCUGGAGCCAUUUUUGUAUAUUUCCUUAGAAAUAAGACUGACACCCUAUUAGCAACUGAGAAGUUUCUUGCCGAUUGUGCACCUUAUGGCCAGGUAAAGUGCUUGAGGUCAGAUAAUGGCACAGAAUUUAUGAAUGGUGAUUUCCAAGAUCUUCUUAGGAAAAGAGCCAUUAAGCAUGAAACUUCUUGUCCAAAUUCUCCCCACCAGAACGGAACAGCGGAAAGGUACUGGCGGACACUAUUUGAAAUGGCUCGGUGUUUGUUGUUGGAGAGUGGUGUGCCUAAGAUGUUGUGGCCAUAUGCCGUCCAAACUGCCGCUCAUAUUAGAAAUAAGUGUUAA